GAAGCUGCGGCGCGAGCGCACGGAAUCUCCUUAUCCGAGAAUAUUCUCAGUAAUAAAAUAAAAUAAAAAAAUAUAUAUAAAUAUAUAUUUAAAAAAAACAACACCGGACCGGACGCACAGAGCUCACCAUUUCUUCCCACUGAACAGUACCACCAUGAACUACUUGCGCCGGCGUCUGUCCGACAGCAGCUUUGUAGCCAACUUGCCCAAUGGCUACAUGAUGGACUUGCAGAGGCCGUCAGGCUCCAGCGGUUCCAGCAGCUCCACCAGCUCUCCAGCAUCCCCUGCCAUGGAGAGGCGUCAGCAGCAGCCUGCAGCACCAGCCCCGGGUCCUCCUCCUCCUCAACCCGCCUCCUCAGGCACAUUUCUCAGCUCUUUCUCCAGCGUGGUGAAGACGGCUCAGAUCGCCAGUGCUGUGCAGGCUAAAGUUGCUGCUCAUAGUGACAGCAGCGCCGCAGCAGCAGCUGUCGCAGCUCUGGCCAAACCUAUAGUCCGCAAGCCCAAAGUCCUGUUAGUCAUCGAUGACGCACACACAGAUUGGGCAAAGUAUUUCAGAGGGAGGAAGCUGAACGGGGAGUAUGAGAUCCAUGUGAAACAGGCUGAGUUUUCAGAGAUCAAAGUGGCAUCCACCGUCAGCACUGGCUGCAUGGUCCAUAUGCAGGUGACACGAGGUGACACCAUAAUUAUCAGCUCCUUCAAGCCAGAUUUCAUCCUGAUUCGCCAGCACGCCUACAGCAUGACCCCGGGAGAAGACUUCAGAAGCCUUGUGAUUGGUCUGCAGUAUGGCAGUGUGCCAAGCAUCAACUCCCUGCACUCCAUCUACAACUUCUGCAGCAAACCCUGGGUUUUUGCUCAGAUGAUCAGACUCUACCAUGACUUGGGUCCAGAGAAAUUCCCACUGAAUGAGCAAACGUUCUUCCCCAACCACACGCAGAUGGUGCCCACUCCGUCAUUUCCUGUUGUAGUGAAGAUGGGGCACGCCCAUGCAGGCAUGGGAAAGAUUAAAGUGGAGAAUUCGACCGACUUCCAGGACAUCACCAGCGUGGUGGCUCUCGCCAAGACGUACGCCACAGCAGAGCCUUUUAUCGAUUCAAAGUACGACAUCCGGAUCCAGAAAAUCGGCAACAACUACAAAGCGUACAUGAGAACCUCCAUUUCAGGUAACUGGAAAGCCAACACGGGCUCUGCGAUGCUGGAGCAGAUCGCGAUGACAGAUAGGUAUCGUCUGUGGGUGGACUCGUGCGCUGAGAUGUUUGGAGGCUUGGAUAUCUGUGCUGUGAAGGCUGUACAUGGAAAAGAUGGCAAGGAUUAUAUUAUUGAGGUGAUGGACAGCUCUAUGCCUCUGAUUGGUGAGCAUGUGGAGGAGGACAGGCAGCUCAUCUCUGAGCUGGUCCUCAACAAGAUGGCCUUUGCUCUGCUUGGCAUCACCUCUCCUCAGUCCUCCAAUGCCAAGACACAGCCUGGCCCUCAGACGACUCAGCCGAGACGAGCUCAAGGAGGUCCUCGGUCAGGCUCUGCCUCACCGUCUCAGUCUGCACAGGGCUCUCCACAGCGAGCUCGCUCUGCGAGCACCUCUCCCAGUCAAGCCUUCCAGCCCGGCCCCAUCCCAGCAUCCUCCUCUCAGAAACAAGCACCACAGCUCAACAAGUCUCAGUCUCUCACAAACACCUUCACGGAGACACUGAGAGGAAACCCAGUUGACGAUGAGGCCAAAGCUGAGACCAUCCGCAGCCUCCGCCAGUCCUUCGCCAGCCUGUUCUCCGACUAAUACACUCACUCACACAUACACCAUGAUCUGCACUUUUGGAAUGAUUCUUGUUGUGAAGGUCAGUAGAGUUGAAGUGAAGAGGCUAACCUCAUGACCAAGGAAGAUGUGCGGUAGGUCUAUGUCACUAGCUGUGAUUGUGUGUUCAAACCUGCCUUCCUUUACCUCUUCCCUGAUUCAGAGAUUCUAAAGAUUUGACUUCCUUUUUAAACCAUAAUAUCUUUAUUGAGAAGAUCCACAAAGUUUCCAUUAUGAAAACAACCACAAAAGGAAAACUAGCUUGUCUUGUAUAUUUAGUUUCUGUUAUUAGAGACGAUUUAACUUGAGUAACUUGAGCGUUUACAGCAUUCCAGUCCUGGAAGUUUGAAAUC